UCUACAAACUUCUGUAGUCUAGUCUUUCACUUUUUCACUUUUCUUUCUUUCUUUCUCCUACCCCACAGUGACUCUAUCGUCUUCCUCCGCCGCUCCGCCGCCGCUGAAAAAUGCCUCAAAUGGAAGAAUCCGAGGGGGAGAAGAACAAUCCAAUCAUAGUUUUCUUCACCAAUUUGCUUUCUGGAAUCAAGCUGCCGUUUCCACCGAAGAACACCGCCAGCGAGAAGGAUGAGCCGGCCGUCGCUGCUGUUCGCGCAGAGGAGCCUCUUAUUGUAAAGUCUCCGGCGGCGGAGGAGGAUGAGAGCGGAAAGCCUGGCGUGGUGGCUUUUCCGCGGCGGAACUUUGUUCCGUUGAAGCUGGAGGAGGCUGACGCUGAGGCGGCUGAGCGGAGUACUAAUCCGGCGGUUCUUUGGCAGGUUUAUGCUAUUGGGGGAUUUUUCGUCUUGAGGUGGGCUUGGAAACGAUGGAACGAACACAAGGGGCAGAAGAAGCCAGGCGACGAGCCCCCCCCAACCACCUCCCCCGACUCAUGAAUAGUAUAGUAUCCUAUCCCGAUUGCCAUUGCUAUGUAAUUUCUCUUUUGCAAGAAACCUCUUACACUUUGAACCCAAGAAAUCGAAUUAUUUUUCUUCUUUUUAGUUGCUGCUACCAUUGCCUUUUAUUCUUGACAGAGUGGACUAAAUGUCGACGUUUUUGUUUUUGUUCUUGUUCUUAGUAUAGUCUUGUUACUUAUUGCAGGCCAA